AUGAUAUUGCUUGCAAGAUUAUCCGGACCUAGAGGGUUUGCUACCCACAGGUUAUUCCCAUGUGUUCGAGCUGGUGCUUUCAGACGUGCUAGUCAAGCCAUCAAAAGUAAAACCCCACGAGUAGCAGCUCCACGACCUGUGGCAACGCCACAAUAUGCAAGCAGAAGACCAGCAUACCCGGAAAGGCUACUCAUAUAUCAUUCUGGAACUGGAAGAACUGUCUUUCUUGGCUGUUUGAAAGUUACAACUAUUUUCAUAUUUGUAUUCUUUACCUUGGUAGUGGCACCAGCACAUUACUAUUCAGAGGAUGAGCCCCAAUGGGUGGCACCAGCUGUCCUAUUAUCUGGAGCUGUACCAAUGAUUUUCGUGGCAUAUAUAACAUCGCCAUUUGUCAACUACAUCCAUCUUAAGUUACCCAACUUUGCUCGACACUCACGGGAUUUAUUGAUGAGAUACUCAAAGAAUCCACCAAAAGAUGCACAAGUCGAUAUUACUACGAUGAACUUUGUAGGGAAACCGAGAGUGACUAGGCUCGGAAUUUAUGAAUUGGAAGCCGUAAAGCAAAGGUUUGGGGUGGGAAACUUUUGUCGAGAUACGAAGAAGAUCAAUGCCGCAAGGAAAUGGUGGAUGCCAAAGGCUGUGCGAUUAUUUGGAGUUCAUGGCGGAACAGGAAGAGUAAGGGAGUCGGAAGCCUGGGAGAAUAUCGCAAAGAAAAUACGAAAGGCGCCAUGA